UGAAUGGGACGUCAAUACGUCAAAAUGGUAUGUCAUUUUUAGUCUGUGCAACGUAGUAGUAAUAAACGUCAAAACAAAAUCCCAAAAUUUUGUUCUACUAUUUUUAAUUUCUUGCUUAUUUACUCGGGAUUUGUUACUUUUAUCGUAAAUCGAACUAAGCUGUGAUUAUGAAAUGUGCAUAAUAUUUGUUUGUGAUAAUUGGAUAUCAGUUCACAGCGGCCACUUUGUUAUUUUGGGUGAACUAUUUUUGUCCGCUCUAGUUUCGGUGCAUUGGAAUAAAUUUUGACAUCCAGGAAAAGAAUGUUCUUCCUGUACAUUGACCCCUGACCGGUUUCAUUGUGAUGGUGAUGUCGUGCUCGGGUAUGGGCGACGCGGUGCUUCGUGAGCGGCUGCCGGCCUUGUGGCGCCGCAUCGAGGAUGCUCACUACAGCUACCUCGAGACCGACGACAGCCCCGAAAAACUCGACCAGAAGAAGAAGCUUGAAGAUUACAUAAUAGAAUACCUAUCAUUAGUGCCUCAUGAGUGCAAGUUUGGGCUCGCGGAGACUGGGAAAGUGUUCCAAAAGACGAUAAAUGAACUGGAAGAGUUCAGUGCGUACCGAGCUGGCCUCGGUUGGGCAGCACUGGCUAGAUACGCCGCCAACCUCUUAGCUCAGCCCUGGAGGAAGGAGUACAAAGUAAUAAGAUUAUACUGCGGAUAUUUCAAACACGAAGUUGAAGCCAAUAUGGUUGGAGCUGAGACCUUGCUUCAAGCGAUGGGCUAUAAACCUUCAAGGGCGGGUCAAAUGGAACUGGACGGUCCUAUUUGCCCAGAUAUGGUUGCUGCAGUGUCGAGAGACGCUCUCAUAGCGCAGUGUGAAUGUCAGAUAAUGGCGCACAUAUGGGAGGAGGCGUGGUCGCAGGGCGGGCGCGUGACGUGGCGCGACGUCUGGCGUGAGCGCGCCGCGCACGCCGCGCCCCCCCGCGCCGCCGCCGCACGCCUCGCCGCGGGGACACUCGCCAACAUCGACCGGACCACUAACCCAGCCUAUACUGACAGUGCAGACAUAUACUCGAACAUCCCAACAACGGUAACAGACAGCUACCGAAGUCGAGUAGUAGACGACAGGUACCACGGUACCCAGCACUGCAACCACGGGUGUGACGAGCUGGACAAGGAGCCCCCGGCCAUGAUCCCGUGCUCUCCCUACAUGGUGCCCCCUAUGCUCCCCCAUAUGGUGUACCCGGUCCCCCAACACAUGCACCCCGACGUCCCAGUCACUGUCCCGCAGUGCAGCACCAUCCCCAUGAUGACCCCAUACGGAGUCCCCUACUACUACCCCGUGCAGUCCCCCUACAUGCUCCCCACCCCGGUAUACGCCCCUAUAAAACACGCAGCGACAGUACCCGUUAACGGCUACCCACCGAUGGCCCAAUACAGGUACCCCGCAGUCCCGACCGCACAACUCAUCGAAUUAGAUACGCCUUCAGUUUACGAAAAUGGUAAAUUCGAAAAAUAUAGAGACGACGAUAGAAAUCACAAGAAGAGGCAUCUAGAGUCUUCUAGAAGAAAUAGCACGUCGAAAUCUGGACUGAGUGACGUCUCAUUACCGAGCUUACCGCGAUCUGACACGCAGCCAGCUCUCAGCAAAGCGAGGGAGGAUGGCAUGGGUACUUACGAGAGCUGGGACUAUGUAUUUAGGAAUUUGUCGAGUAAAGAACAAGAAGGAGAUGGACGAAGUAGAUUUUCGCCGUCACUAGACAGAGAUUCAAGGACACUCGAUAGGCUAGACAGGGAGGAGAGGAGGACAAAGUAUCAGCCGACAACACUCGACUUGGAAGAUGGGUUACAAGCGCUGAACCUUGACAGGUCAUACGAUGAGGAAGUAUACAGAACUGCGAAGGUCGAGAACUUAAUGAGGAUGAAACAGGAACAAGAAAUGAAGAGGGCGAAACAGCUGGCGAAGAAACAGGCCGAGUUAAAAGCAAAGAGACCAGUGCCAGAACCAGUCGGUAAUCCUAAGGCUGAAGCAUUAAUAACACAAAAGGUUGCGCCUGAUAAGGUGAAGCUGCUUAGUAAGAAAGAUAUCAAAGAGAGGAAGGAGGUUAUAAAGCAACAGAGUUCAGUCAACGGGGCCAGCAGUAAUACGGCUGAAAUCAAGAAAGUGAAGAAGCCCUCGAAACUAGUGGCUGCUGAAGUAGAGAAACCGAAGAGUAAGCCGGUAGAGAAUGGUGUUCAUAGUGCAGCACAUAGUUCCAAAAGUAACCAAGUGCCGAAUCAAUCGACAUACGACUUAAAAGCGCAGCUAAUAGUGUCAUUGGACGAGACGGAGCACGUGCGUAGGUCCCCGCCGCGGCAGGUGAACGGGGAGCGCGAGCGGGGCGCCAGCAGGAGCCCGGGCGGGCAGCACGACAAGUGGGAGUGCGCCACCUGCACGUUCCUGAACGCGCGCGCCGCGCCCGUCUGCGACAUGUGUGGCAAGUCCCGCCGCGCGCCUGCGCUGCAGCCGCUGCGGGCCGGCGGACGAGAGUGCCCCGCCUGCACCCUCGUCAACGAACGCGACGCCGCGCUCUGCGACGCCUGCGGCACUAGUCUGCAACAUUGCCCCACCUACAUAUAGAACCACAGGUUGCCAACUUACAUCUAAUCAUUAGAGCUCAUUCAUAAAGUAUGUCACACGAGUUUAAGUGUGACAGAGCCAAGCUUCGGCACGAAUGGGUUGGCCCGACCAAAGUUAUCGGAGGCCCAAUCCUUCCUCUCCCCCAAUCCAUAAAUCUCUAAAUCACUAAUCCCAAAAAGGUCGGCAACGCACUCAUAACUUCUCUGUUGUUGCGAGUGUCCAUGGCCGGCGCUGAUUGCUUACCAUCAGGUAAUCUGUCUGCUCGUUUGCCGACGUAUCACAUAAAAAAAGGGUGCUGGGAGGUCGCCCAAGUGUGACAUAGGGUGGGAAGGGCCCAAGUUACAUGACAUUACAUUUAAAAAUCUAAUAUACCAAAAAGGUAAUUAAAAAAAUCAUGAAAUUCAUGUGACAAACUUUAUGGAUGGCCUCUUACUUAGUAUCGUUUUAGUUGAUAUAACCGUUAUUUAAUGCACAAUAUUAUUAUUAUUACUUAUUGUUUCUUCUUUUUCUACUGCUAUUAUUAUUAUUAUUCUUUGCAGCUAAACGCAGUUUAUAGUUUAUGUUAAAUUUUGAAUUACGAAUUAUGAAAGUUUGUGCACAUUGAAUGUGUUAUUGCGCAGCUGUUAGAGAUUUAUUCGUGUGUGAAAUUAUUCAUAUCGGUAUAUUUACAAAUCCUGUGAUUGGUUAUUAAUUAACAAGAUAUAUGAUUGUUACAUGAGCGUUAGUUAUUACCACAUUAUUGCAUUGUGAGGAUUAUGUCACUAACAUUGUUUAGAUGAAACUGUUACAAGGAAGUUUGGCCAUGAAAUAAGCGUUUUUUAAGUACGACAGCUCACUGAAAUUGUAUUUAUUAUAUUUAAAAAAUAUAUGACGCUUGAACGAGAGCGUCAAUAUUAUAGAUGUUGCAUUUUUUUUUCAAUAAUUUAUUUGUAACGUUAAAUGUUUGAAAAUGGAAUCACAUUGUCGUUGGUCGUGUAGUCUUCAAUGUAAUCGAAACUUUAUAUAUAGCAAUAAUUAGUCAGGUAGUAGAAUGUACGGGAGAUAUUUAAGAGGGGUUACGGAUAGACUUAACGACAACCGUUUGUUUCAUGGCCGUAUUAUAAACCUACUUGUCGAUACCUCCAUUGGCGAAUCAGUUAAUUGUUAUGAGCAAAAUUC